AUGGCCGCUACCACAGAGCGCCCGGUCAAGCGUCGGAGACUCGCACAUGAUGACGAAGAACAAGAAGAAGACAUUCACCUCGCGCCACUUCCCGCUACUAUCUCCAGGAUUAAGAAGAAGUCCAAGGCGUCCGAUACAACUACGGCACCUUUGACUGGGGAUGAUCCACGGGGAGAACAUCAAUCAUUCCAAGCCUCUAUGGAUGCCGACGAGAAGGCCACUUUCUCGAGUCUUGGCGUGGAUUCCUGGCUCGUCUCGUCGCUCUCCAACAUGUCCAUCAAAUUCCCAACCCGCAUUCAAAAGAACACGAUUCCCCAGAUCUUGGCCGGCCGCGACUGUAUCGGAGGAUCCCGCACUGGCUCAGGCAAGACGAUCGCGUUCGGGAUCCCCAUUCUCCAGCAGUGGGCGAGAGAGCCGUCCGGCAUCUUCGCCGUCGUGCUGACACCCACCCGCGAGCUCGCUCUCCAAAUUUACGAGCAGUUGCAGGCCAUUGGUGGCGGACAGGGCCUCAAAUGUUUGUUGGUCACGGGGGGAGCGGAGAUGCGAGUCCAGGCGAUUGAGAUGGCCCAGCGGCCGCACAUCGUCAUUGCCACUCCCGGCAGACUGGCCGACCACAUCGAGAACUCGGGCGAAGAUACGAUAUGCGGCUUGCGGAGAUGCAAGUACAUUGUGCUCGACGAGGCAGAUCGACUACUCGCCAGCAGCGACAAGGGCAGCAUGCUACCGGACGUCGGGACGUGUCUGGAAGUCCUUCCCCCACCCUCCAAGCGACAGACAUGUCUCUUCACCGCCACCGUGACCCCGGAAGUACGUGCUCUGAAGGAGAGACCACGGACAGCCGACAAACCGCCCGCAUACAUCUGCGAAGUGGACAUGGAUUCGCUGGCCAUCCCCGAGACCCUCACACAGACGUACCAACUCGUCAACGUCCUCCACAAGGAGAAGUAUCUCCACAUCCUCCUCCUCACGCCCGAAACCAAAGACACAACCACCAUCAUCUUCUGCAAUCGCGCAGAAACCGCCAAUCUGCUAGAGUACCUCCUACGUUCUCUCGAACACCGCGUCACAGCCCUCCACUCCAAACUCCAACAUCAAGACCGCAUCUCCAACUUGGCAAGAUUCCGAGCCCGUGCGGCAAGGAUCUUGGUCGCCACCGACGUCGCAUCUCGAGGUCUGGAUAUCCCCGACGUCGGGCUCGUCAUCAACUACGACCUCCCCCGCAACCCCGACGACUACAUCCACCGUGUCGGUCGAACAGCACGUGCGGGGAGGAAAGGUACUUCGGUCAGUUUCGUGGGGCAGAGGGACGUGGAGCUCGUGCAUGCGAUCGAGGAGAGGGUGGGCAAGCAGAUGGAGGAGUACAAAGAGGAAGGCGUGAACAUCGAGACAAGGGUCGUGCGGGAUGCUCUGAAUGUGGUAGGGGACAAGAAGAGAGAGGCGAUGUUGGCGAUCGAAGAGGGACGAGAUGUCAAGGGGAAGAGGAGAACGGGGAUGAAGAAGAGUAUGAAGAAGGGGUGA